AUGGAAAGGGAAACCUGGCCGCAACGAGUAAGAGGGUCGCAAUGGUUAGCGUUGAAGACUUUGGGCGUAGGCCCGGUUGGAGCUUCCAUUGGUGCAGAUCUUGGUGGUAGUAGCAAAUAUUCAA